AUGGCCAGGAUGCGGCGAAGGGUUGUAUCCGACGCCUGCGAGCGAGAGUUAUGGCUGGGCGAUGAGGCGCGUCUUCGGAAAAGGAUGACUGCCUUCGCUCAGGACCUACUCGCGGACGCAGCCUGCAUGCAUCCUCCAGCCGGCCUGCGCCUUCAAGUUGACCUGCGCCCUCGAGCCGACAGCGGACCUGCUCCCGAAACCGACAGCCGACUGCAUCCUUCAACCCACAGGAACCCACGUCCACUGCCUUUCCUUCCACCAUCCCCGACGCCCAUCCCGAAGGACACCCGAAGGAUUCACGAGGGACCCCCGAAGGACUCCCCCGAACUCCCUCGAAGGACACCCGAAGGAUUCACCAGGACCCCCGAAGGACUCUCCCGAAGGACUCUCUCGAAGGACUCCCCCGAAGGACUCCCCCGAAGGACUCCCCCGACGCCCACCCCGAAUGACUCCCCCGAAGGACUCCCCCGAAGGACUCCCCCGAAGGACUCCCCCGAAGGAUUCCCCCGAAGGACUUCCCCGAAGGACUCCCCCGAAGGACUCUCCCGAAGGACUCCCCCGAAGGACUCUCCCGAAGGACUCCCCCGAAGGGCUCCAUCGAAGGACUCUCCCGAAGGGCUCCCCCGAAGGACUCCCCCGAAGGACUCCCCCGAAGGACUCUCCCGAAGGACUCCCCCGAAGGACUCCCCCGAAGGACUCCCCCGAAGGACUCCCCCGGAGGACUCCCCCGAAGGACUCCCCCGAAGGACUCCCCCGAAGGACUCCCCCGAAGGACCCUCUCCCUAG